AUGGAGAGCUAUUCUACUAUUGUCAAUGGAGAGUUCGCUGGCUUCUCCGAUGGGAACUUGCUCGAGAGCAUCGACUUCGAUGAUCUUUUUAUUAGUAUUGAUGAUGAAGAUGUGUUGCCAAAUUUGGAGAUGGAUCCUGAAAUCUUUGCUGAAUUCUCCGUUAGUGGUAGCGGAGGCGAGGAAUCGGAUGCAAACACAUCGAUGUCGAGUGAGAAAGUGGAUGAUUGUAUUCAAAGAAAAGACGAGGAAGAUAAGCUUUCGGGUUCAGGUUUAGACUCGAGUUUGAGUAAUAGAGGAGAGGAGAUAGUGAGUAAGAGAGACGAGUCCAUGGCUGUUAAUCCUGUGCCUAACAAAGACGGUGAAAAGGGAAGAAAAUCAUCAGCUCAUCAAGCCAAGAAAAACAUUAAUCAUCAUGGGAAGAGAAAACUUAAGGUGGAUUGGACACCAGAGCUGCACAGGAGAUUCGUGCAAGCAGUGGAACAGCUAGGAGUGGACAAGGCAGUGCCUUCGAGGAUUUUAGAACUUAUGGGAAUUGACUGUCUCACUCGCCAUAACAUUGCAAGCCAUCUUCAAAAAUAUAGAUCACACCGGAAACAUGUGCUAGCGCGUGAGGCCGAGGCAGCAAGCUGGAGCCAAAGACGGCAAAUGUAUGGAGCUGCGGCAGCCGGCGGAGGUGGCAAGAGAGAUAUGAGCGCAUGGCAUGCACCCACCAUGGGAUUCCCUCCUAUAACUCAUCCCAUGCACCACCACUUUAGACCAUUACAUGUAUGGGGACAUCCCUCCAUGGACCAAUCCCGAAUGCCUAUGUGGCCUAAACAUCUAGCCCAUUCUCCUUCACCACCGCCACCACGUACAUGGCACCCUCCACCACCACCAGACCCUUCAUAUUGGCACCACCACCCCCACCCCCACCAAAGGGUUCCAAAUGGACUAACCCCAGGGACACUUUGCUUUCCACAGCCACUGGCAACUAGAUUUCCUGCUCCUCCUGUCCCAGGUAUCCCACCCCAUGCCAUGUACAAAGUAGACCCCGGCAUUGGCGUCCCAGCCGGACAGUCCGGCCCCAACCCUGUCUUUGACUUUCAUCCGUCAAAAGAGAGUGUAGAUGCAGUUAUUGGAGAUGUUUUAUCAAAGCCAUGGCUGCCACUUCCUCUUGGACUAAAACCUCCAGCUACUGAUAGUGUGGUAAUGGAGCUGCAGAAGCAAGGAGUUCCAAAGAUACCACCAACAUGUGCUUGA